AUGAUGGGCUACCAUGCCCACAUAACAAUAAUUUUCAUUCGCCUCUUCCUCCUCCUCCUCUUAUUCUUCCUCGUCUUUCACCUUUUCCUCUUAUUGCAGAUGAGUGAGGCUGCCGCAGCAAUUGCGGACUUAAUGUCUCACAUCAAGGAUGGGGUUUUUCGCCUGGUCAAGGGAAAACGAAAGGUCGAAGAAUUCAAACAUUUUGUGGAAACCCAGUCAUACGAACUAAUUGAGCCGGAGACGUGGCCCUAUUCACCGAACGCCUUCUAUAUGCCGACCGUUGUGCGUGUUCUUGACCUUGGAAUGUCAGUCACGAAAUUCCAUAAGUAUAUGGUUUCAAAGGGAAUGCCGGCUGCCUUAUCCCUCCUCCUCGUUGCUACGGUGAUUCUUGGAUCAGGGGCUUGCUUUGGUAUGUUUCUCCUCUUCAUCUGCGAAUACUGCUGUCCUCCCCGGCCUCAAAUCUGGAGUGUCUUCGGCAUGGCUGGUGCUAGACCGGAGCCAAUAGUCACUAAGGAAACCCCUGCUUUUUGA